AAAUGUGCGAAAUACGGUAAACAAAAGAGAAAGACCAAGAUAUGCUAUGAUUUUUUACAAUUUUAGACAGUUUUAUAUCACUUUCGUGGUGCCGCAUCGACACCGUCUUUAGAAACGAUCUUAUGCUGGUCUUGAAAGUCUUAUGAAUGUAUCUCACUAAUGCUUGAAGCCACAAGUCAAAAAUCUAAUUGAAGAGUACAAAGUUUAGAAUUUUUACCAAGACGUUCCAUACUCAAAAGAUUUUUCUAACUCUGAUUUCACCCAGGUCUACAGGUAUAUCAUACUAAUUAGAGUGCCUGGAUGAAUACUUGCAUAAUACUUAUGAAGCUGUUUACACAGUGAUGCAAUUUGUAGACAUUAAUUUUCGUUUUCGAUUAGGACGAAGCGUUUUGCAAGCAUGAAACUUUUACGGACCAGCAUUGACGAUCAAAUUAGCUUUGUUAUUGACCUGAUUAAUAUUCAUAAGUAAAUGGGAAUGGUGCCAUUUCGUGAGAAAAUAUUAACACGUAGCUCUGUUGAUAAUACAUGAUACAAUAUCUACGCACCUCGGCAAGGUCUAUGCUGUGUGAGGGUCUUUCAAGACUACCCCCAAGUCCUAAUCCGAAGAUAAAGGAAAGCAACAAUAACAACUCUUCUGGCGAGUCAAGCAGCGAGCGUGGCAACAGCCCCGCGACUGCACAGUUUCGGCGUGGGUCAAGAGGGGAAGCAGGACGGUCCCAUUCGUCGUCCUCAGACCAGAGGCGAUCGAACCAUGAGACACACACAUCCAACCCACGUGAGGAACAGAAGAAGGAGAAAUCAGACCGAUCCAGACAUUCAGAGGACAAAUACCGCGGUGAUGACAAAUAUCGAAAAUCUGCACACGACCAUGACAGAAGAAGAAAGGACAGUGAUCACAGGGAUGGAAAGGAUGGCAGAAAGUCUCGAGAUGACGAGAGGAGGGCUAAAGAAGAAGACAGACACAAAGAUCGAUCUGCUUCCAGGUCAAAUCGAGAAGAAAAAAACGAAGAUAGGGACAGAAGUGACAAAGACCAUCAUCAUCGCGAUGAUCGGAGAGAUAGAGACAGACGCAGAGAUCGUGACAGAGAUCGCCGGCAUCCCAGGGAGGAUAGAGUCAAAGAUCGUCACAGAGAAGAGCGUCCGGUUCAUCAAAAAGAAAAAGAACAAGUCAGAUCGCGGUCCAGAUCCAGGUCUAAAGAUCACGUAGUGCCCCCGUUCAGGGCAAUGAGUUAUCGUGAGGAAAAAAGUAGAAAUAAAAUGGCACAGCUUGAAAAAUUAGGCAUAGAACUAAAAGCUCCAGAAGGUGAAAACAGUGCAACAAAUGUUCAGAGUGAACAGAAUUAUUAUAAUCCCCUGGCUACAGCUACACAAGGAAAGUACGCGGAGCAAAUACAGAAGCGGAAACUUCUGUGGGCUAACAAGUCAAAGCCCGACGAAAGUAAAUCCACAAGUUUGGCAGCUGGAACAGCAAAUACGUGGGUUGGUACGACGUUUACACACGAUCAAGACGGCAAGGUAACAGCAAAGUUCAAACGAUUGAUGGGGAUCAAAGGCGAUAUACCGGUUUCUACACCUGGAUCAGAAACCGGACCUAAACCAGAGAUACUAAAAAAACAAGAAGAAAUGUUCAGCAACAUGGAACAGCAGUACGAAGUCGCACGUGCUACAACCCACACUCAACGCGGAGUUGGAUUCGGCUAUGCUUCAGGGGGGUAUCAAUUUCCGCGAUAAAAAGUCUGGUGUGCAUUUAGACUUCACCAUAUCUAAUACUACAGAGUUAUUUUUACGGAGAUGGGUUACCGUUAGUAUUCAUCCAGUAGCUAUUUCGCAAGUUCUUGAGAACUUUUGAAAAAUGGUAAGUAAAGGUAAUAUUGAAAUCGAUCUUUCUUUAGGGCGCUGUUAAUUCCUAUAGGUGUGCUCCGUAUACAGUCGCAAGACUCUUGAAAGAUGUUCAAAGUGUUUUACAACUAAAUAUCUGUAAGUAACCGCUGUUACCAAAAUCAUACCAGAUUAUUGCACGAAAUUAAUAGAGCGUUGAUACGACAAAAAUAUAUUUCGGGAAUGCGGGGAGAACAGUAUGAGAGAGAGUUAUUACUAUCCUGUACUUCUACUAUGAAAAUAAAUUUAAUACAGACCCAU